GCUGGCGGCAGGCAGCAGGCAGCGGGCGGGCGCGCUGUGGCUCCGCGCCGCGCGGUCCGGGCUCUGUUCAUUCAUGAUUGGUACUCGGCCCUCCGAGACCCAGCCCGAGCGCCGGGAGGGGAGCCGAGCGUGCGGCAGGAGGGGCGGGCGGACCGCGGCUCCCGCACCGCACGCGGCGCUGGCUCGGCAGCCUUGGCCGGGCGGGCGCGCUGGCCCCGUGUCCAGUGCCAGGCAGGCUUCAGGGCACCGUCCUCGGCCCUGGGCGAGGGAACCGGCCGGGCCGAGUCCUCGCGCGGGGAAGCGGUUCCGAAGGCUGGCGGGGAGCAGCUAGCCCUGAGUCCCUGCAUGUGCCGGGCUGAAGAAGGAAUCCAGAAACCUCCUAGCCUCGGCUCCACGCUCGCUGAAUACCAAGCUGCAGGCGAGCUGCCGGUCGCUUUUCUCUCCUCCAAUUCAGAGUAGACAAACCACGGGGAUUUCUUUCCAGGGAAGGGGAGGGGCAGGGCCCGGGGUCCCAACUCGCACACAAGUCUUCGCCGCCAUGGGGGCCGUCAUGGGCACCUUCUCAUCUCUGCAAACCAAACAAAGGCGACCCUCGAAAGAACUACCUUAAAUUAAUUUGUUGAAAGGAUGGAUGGAUGGUGGAUGGAUUGAAGUAUCGGGCUUCCAGCAGCAGGGGAUGGAGUGAGUGUGUGGAUACCGCUGGCUCAGCAGAAGCUUAUACCAUUUUAGAGUAACUAUCUUGGACUUCGGAGAGUUCCUGGAUAAGAUUGAAGAUGAGCUGGAGAUGACCAUGGUUUGCCAUCGGCCCGAGGGACUGGAGCAGCUUGAGGCCCAGACCAACUUCACCAAGAGGGAGCUGCAGGUCCUUUAUCGAGGCUUCAAAAACGAGUGCCCCAGUGGUGUGGUUAACGAAGACACAUUCAAGCAGAUCUAUGCUCAAUUUUUCCCUCACGGAGAUGCCAGCACGUAUGCCCAUUACCUCUUCAAUGCCUUCGACACCACUCAGACAGGCUCCGUGAAGUUCGAGGACUUUGUAACCGCUCUGUCGAUUUUACUGAGAGGAACUGUCCAUGAGAAACUAAGGUGGACAUUUAAUUUGUAUGACAUCAAUAAGGAUGGAUAUAUUAACAAAGAGGAGAUGAUGGACAUUGUCAAAGCCAUCUAUGACAUGAUGGGGAAAUACACAUAUCCUGUGCUCAAAGAGGACACUCCAAGGCAGCAUGUGGACGUCUUCUUCCAGAAAAUGGACAAAAAUAAAGAUGGCAUCGUAACUUUAGAUGAAUUUCUUGAAUCAUGUCAGGAGGAUGACAACAUCAUGAGGUCUCUCCAGCUGUUUCAAAAUGUCAUGUAACUGGUGACACUCAGCCAUUCAGCUCUCAGAGACAUUGUACUAAACAACCACCUUAACACCCUGAUCUGCCCUCGUUCUGAUUUUACACACCAACUCUUGGGACAGAAACACCUUUCACACUUUGGAAGAAUUCUCUGCUGAAGACUUUCUAUGGAACCCAGCAUUAUGUGGCUCAGUCUCUGAUUGCCACCUCUUCCUCCUUCUUCUUCUUGAGAGAGACAAGAUGAAAUUUGAGUUUGUUUUGGAAGCAUGCUCAUCUUCUCACACUACUGCCCUAUGGAAGGUCCCUCUGCUUGAGCUUAAACAGUAGUGCACAAAAUAUUCUGCUUACAUGCCCCCAGCCCACUGCCUCCAAGUCAGGCAAACUUUGGUGAAUCUGGAAGCAAGAGGACCUGAGCCAGAUGCACACCAUCAUCUGAUGGCCUCCCAAACCAAUGUGCCUGUUUCUCUUCCUUUGGUGGGAAGAAUGAGAGUUAUCCAGAACAAUUAGGAUCUGUCAUAACCAGAUUGGGAGAGCCAGCACCUAAUAUAUGUGGGAUAGGACUGAAUUAUUAAGUGUGGCAUUUUCUGAUGACCCAAACUGCCCAUGUCAUUUGUUUCCAGAAACGAGGACCAAUAAUUCUCUCACACUGGCAUUUGUGCUGGUAGUGCAAGUCCUUUAAUAUGUCUAGGAAGUGAGCCAUUGCCCAGUGGUCCAUAUCUCCACCACAUCCCCUGCUUGAGCCCAGCGCUGCAUGUCCCUCCCGAGAAGUCCAGAAUGCCUGCAAAUUGCUGUAAUUUUAUACCAUGUUCUAACCAAUAAACAGAACUAUUUCUUACACUCUCAA